AUGUCUAAAUCUGAACUGAGGCAGAAAGUAUGCUUCUCCUUUACAGGAUGGUUACCGAACAGGGAUGGCAAAAGUUACUAUGACCUUCCUGCAAGUGCACAGUUGGUCAAAGCAUACCAAACGGCCAAUGUUCUCUUUGAGGUUUUGAGAGCAGUCAAUCAGACUCCAGCAGUGGAAGUUGAUCGCGAGGGUGCUCUGAAAGAGUUAACAACAGAUUUGGCUAGAGCAAAGAAAGGAAAGCCCCCAUUGAAGAGUCCAAAGAGAGGAUUGAGAAUUUUGAUGAAGAAGCUCAUGAAGGCAAUAGUGGGGAAGAAGCAAAACUUAGAUAGCUUCGUGGCCUUUUCUGUAUUGUAG